GAAAGAAAGCAUAUAUCUCAUUUCAUUUCUAUAAGAUUCAUGCCGCAAACAAACAAAAAAGGAGAGCAAAACUUUGAAAUCUAAUACCUUAAUUUAUGAAGAGAGUCCAGUUAGGUAGGAUAAUAAAAUUUGUUUUAAAUUAAAUAGUCUUAAAAUGAUUUUCUGAUGGCUAAUCUGAUGGCGACAUGGGAACAACAUCGUUAAAUUAAGGCAUAAUAUCAAAACCACCAAGAGCCAAAAACCUAAGAAACUGAAAAUGGAUCAAGAAGCUCUUCUCGUCGGAAGAACUACUUCAAAACGCGGUAUUCCGACCAUUCCUUUCAUUCUAGCAAGUCAGGCGUUGGAGAAACUUGCAUAUUUUGGAUUGGUACCGAAUAUGAUACUCUUCUUGACGGUGGAAUACGGUAUGGGAACAGCCGAAGCGGCCAACAUCCUAUUCCUCUGGUCCGCCGCCACCAAUUUCUUCCCUCUUGUGGGUGCUUUUAUUGCUGAUUCUUACACGGGUCGGUUUCCUCUGAUCGGGUUUGGAUCCUCUAUCAGCCUUAUGGGAAUGGUUUUAUUAUGGCUGACAACACUAAUUCGACCAGAAUGCGAUAAAUUAACGAACGUGUGCCAACCCACCACACUGCUCAAAAGUCUUCUCCUAUAUUCCUUUUUUGCCCUCACCGCCAUUGGCGCCGGCGGAGUCAGGUCCUCCUGCUUAGCCUUCGCCGCUGACCAGCUUCAACCUAAUCAGACAUCACGUGUCGCCAUAUCAGCCCUAGAAACGCUCUUCAACUGGUACUACUUCUCCGUCAUGCUAGCAUGCUUUCUUUCUCAGUCGUUGCUCGUCUUCGUUCAGACAACAUAUGGUUGGAAGAUUGGUUUUGGAGUUUCUGUCGCUGCCAUGGCUCUAUCGGUCGCUUUGUUCUUUGCGGCUUCUCCAUACUAUGUAAGGUUUAAGUGCGAGUCCGGCCUUGUUGCUGGACUUUUCCAGGUUCUCGUUGCUGCUUUUAGAAACCGACACGUUGAUUUGUCAUCGGGGGAGCAUAUUAUAUCGUUCCAUUACGAAAUGGGCUCUUCAUUUUCAAGUCCUAGCCAGAAAUUGAGAUGUUUGAAUAAAGCUUGCGCCACAAGUAAUCCGAAGCAAGACCUAACCCUAGGCGAGUCACGGAAUCCAUGGAAGCUAUGUAGGGUUCAACAAGUAGAAGAUCUUAAAUCUCUCAUCAAUGUCCUACCCAUAUGGUCAACGGGGAUCAUCUUGUCACUUGUCACAGCUUGCCAAGUCUCCUUCAUAGUCCUUCAAGCCAAGGCCAUGGAUCGCCACACCUUUAUUCAGGGUUUUGAGAUUCCCCCAGGCUCUUACGGCAUUUUCUUGGUCAUCUCCUUUGUGCUGUUCCUUGGUCUUUAUGAUCUUGUUAUCGUCCCAUUACUUUCUUGGGCUCUAAGAAGGCCCUUUCGAUUGGGAGUUAUGGCGAGAAUGGGAGCUGGGUAUGUAAUAUCGGUUAUGUGCAUCUCCACUCUUGCGGCUGCGGAGUACGCCAGGAAAAAAAUCGCUGUAAGUAUUCUCAAUCCGGAUUUUUGUUUGGUUUUAUUUCUGGUUUCUCCGUUUUUUGGUUUUUCACUUUUUAUAUGGUUGUUUUUUAUUUAUAAACUAGGUGAUUGCCCGCGCAAAUGCGCGGGAAUAAUGCUGUGUGAAUGGUAA